AUGAUUUAUAAACAUAUUUUUUUCCAGGUAAAUUAUGCCCAUUAUGGAGAUUAUUACGAUGACAAUAAUGACUUCCCAGGUGCAGUUUCCAAAACCGACAAUCAAACUAGCAAUGAAAACUUGGUACAGAUCGCUAUUACUCUACUGUACGGAAUUGUAUGUCUCAUGGGUACCAUUGGAAACGGCCUUGUUAUUGCGAUAAUAGCAUUCAAGAUGAAGAAGUCAGUGAAUACUAUUUGGCUACUUAACCUGGCCAUCACUGACUUUUUAUUUUCUUUUUUUUUGCCACUGACUAUAAUAUAUGCGGCAUUGGAUUACAACUGGAUAUUUGGUAAAGUCGCCUGCAAGCUGAAUUCGUUAAUUUUGGUCCAGAACAUGUUCACCAGUGUGAUUCUACUGACAAUUAUAAGUUUGGAUCGCUGCAUUUCUGUUAAAUUUCCUGUUUGGUCUCAAAAUCAUCGAUCAGUUAAACUUGCCAGUUUGUCCUGUGCAGCUGCGUGGAUUAUUGCUUUCUUUUUGGGCUCUUCUACUUUGGUUUUUCGUGAUAUUGAAUUCAGAAAUGAAAAAACCGUCUGUUUCCUGAAUUUUACCUUGUCAGGUAUGACAAAUCCACAACAGGUACACAUUGCAUUUAACGUAGUGAGAUUUGUGCUUGGAUACGUGAUCCCAUUCAUGGUUAUCUUAGUCAGCUAUGUCAUCAUUGUCUACAAACUCAAGAGAAACAGACUUACAAAGUCCAGGAAACCCUUUAAAAUCAUUCUAGCCAUUAUUGUAGCAUUCUUCAUUUGCUGGACCCCAUUCCACGUGCUCAACAUUAUGGAAAUUAUGUACGAACCAUUGAAGAUUGGCAUGCCUAUUGCAUAUUUUCUGGCUUCUGCCAACAGCUGCAUAAACCCCAUAUUAUAUGUCAUUCUGGGACAGGACUUUAAGAAGUUUAAGAUGAGUGUCUUAUCUAGAAUGGAUAAUGCAUUAAGUGAAGAUACCAUUCAUUCACGCCUCUCCCAUAGAACCUACUCAAAAGUUUCAUCAAUGAAUGAAAAGGAAACAGUCUUACCAUAGCAUUGCCAUUUUCUCUCCCACCAAGAACCUUGUACUUUUGUGUUUAUUAAUUCUAUUUCAAUGUAAUCAUUUUUGGGGAAAUUUGGUAUAUCUCUUUGUAUAUAAUGCAUAUGCAUUGGAAGUCAUACUUUAGUUAUACAG